GACUUUAAUGAGAUAAUCUGGUUCACGCACAGGGCUACUGGAGCCGAUUGCUACACCACGGGCCAGUAGCCAUGGCGUCAUGGCCCGUGCUAGAUCCAGAGAACCUUUUUUGGGGAGGAAUGAGCGCUCUAACCCGCCGCAUCGAGAUUCCUGAAUCCCAACUUCAUUCUUCUAAAAACACUAAAAAUCCGUGCAGUCAGCUCAGACUAGUGCAACCACCAAGCACACCUCUCUCCUCCUGGCUCGCCUGCUCGAGCGACACCGCGACUGGUCUCGCUCAGUAUCGGAGGUGAAGCUUGCUUCUAUCACUCAGAUAUUCUUCAUGAAGUGAGGAAUUGAGGAAGAGAAAUGAGAGAGACUUGGUAAAGCUGAAAUAGUAAUCGAAGAAAUCCCGUUUAUGCUUCUCUUAAGAUCCGUCAAGAGGACGAUAUGGAGUUUUUCUUCGGAUCCGGAGUCUUUUCAUCCAUUCUUUAUGGCUAUGGUUUUCGGUUUUCGCUCCUAUGCCUCUCUAGAUCCUCAGGCCCUAGGCCUACUUUUCGUCUCUUUUGAAACAUAUUUACAGUCCGUUUUCCUCCGUUUCCAACUGUUCUUCGUUUUUACGGCAGAAAACUGUUUCCACUUUUCUAUUUUUCAGCAAGAGUGAAGUUGCGUUGUAUUCGCGAAGAGAAGUCUCGCGCAUUGGGGUUAGAUACUCUGUUUCUUCCUCUUUUGAAGUGUUUGUGGCAGAUAAUGCCCAUCUGAAGCUAUAUAUUUUAAUGUUUAUUGUAAGCUCUUGGCUCUUGGUUCUUUAGACUGGGUGAUCUGAUAUUUUAUGGUAAUGUGGAACUUGUUCUUUGAUGGAACUCGAGCGCAGUGAUAUCUGUUAGUUAUGGAAGCUAAUUUUUGAGGUUUUCUUUUUUGAAAUGGAGAGUUUCCAAGAAGAUGAUUUAAAGGGGAUGAAUGCUUCAGCUGGAGGCCUCGUAUGGGUCCGCCGGAGAAAUGGUUCAUGGUGGCCUGGUAGAAUACUGUGCGUUGAUGAACUGGCCAAGUGCUUGCGCACCAAGAAGGCUGGGACACCCAUUAAGCUACUUGGAAGAGAGGAGGGUACUGUGGACUGGUAUAAUUUGGAAAAGUCCAAGCGUAUUAAAGCAUUUCGCUGUGGGGAGUAUGAUGACUGUAUUGAGAAGGCCAAAGCUUCUGCUAUUCGCCCGAGCAGGAGAACAACCAAUUCAAUGAAGUAUGCUAGCAGAGUAGAUGCUAUUCUUCAUGCUCUUGAGCUUGAAAAGUGCUAUCUAACCAAUGGAAAUGAGAAGCUUAGUUCAAGUAAGAAUAACAGCAAGAUCAGUCUCAUCACCGAAGAUUUGCUUAAGCAGCAAAAAAUGAUGCAGAAGAAUAGGAGGAAACUUGUUUUAGUAGCAAGGAAGUCUGGCAAACCUAAAGAAAUCUGUACUCAUGAAUUCUCUCAUUCUGUUGCAACGAUUGAACUACCCGAGCAACCAUUAGGGAGAACCUCACAGAAAAAGAGAUGGAAAAAUCCUAAUGAUUCUGAAGAUGAUGGAGAUGAGGGUGUAAGGAGAAUGAAAGAUCUUCAGGACCUGGGUUUGGAGAUGAUUUCAGCAGAGAAGCCUAACAAGUGUGUUCACAUGAAAGAAUCCAGUGCAAAAGGCCCAUCCAGGCGCGUUUUACAAAAUGAACCAGACUUUGCUGACAAUUUAUCAAGUAUUAGUAGCAGCUUUAAACAUUCAUAUACGCGAAUUUUUCAUGUAUAUCAGAAUCUAAAGAGGAGAAGUCGGCGCCGUCGGCGUCUCACAAAAAUUUGGGUGGGUUCAGAUGAGGUAAACGUUCCAUUAUUCUAUCAGGACAGUGUAAUUACUGGAGAUUUAACUUCUUGUGGAGUCAGCAUGAAUCGGCUGAAUGAUCUAAAAUCUUUUUCAAAGAAGACAAAAUUCUCAUCCAUGGAUAAUAGCAGUCUUAACUGCUCAGAAAGUUCAUACGAAGGAACUUUAUUGCAUGUUCUAGAAAAAAAUGGCACUGCUGUUUAUGACUUUAAUCCUCCUCCUGUGGUGAGGGAUGAGGUUGAUGAUAGCCUUUCCAAUGGCUUGGUCAAUGUUCCUAUUCUUAUUGGGGAAAGUAAUGUAGAAGGUGUCGUCUCCAUUCACAAGACUUGCACAUCAAGAAAAAUUCACUCCUGCACAGCGGAGAAGCUAUCUGUCCAUUCUGUUCAAGUUUGUUUGGUUUCAAAAUCCGGUAAAGUACUUGUUGAGGCUUCCUCUGCGAACUCCGUGUGUCCUACUAAUCAUAUCAUCCAGAGAUUAAAGAAAAACAGCACCGGCCUUUACUCCAAAUUGGAAAGACAUUCCAGGUAUUCAAGUUUAAACAUGAAUCCAAACUCGGCAAGUUCUGAUGAUGAUGAAGCGGACAAUGCUUGUGAUGGCUCUUUGACCUCUGAUAUUAGCGAUCAAUCAGCCAUAUGUGGAUCUCUUCCAGAACUAAGUAAUAUCCAUGAAGCUCAAACUAUGCCAGCUUCAUACAACAAUGCCAUACCAAACAAUUUUGUCAAGUGUGAGCAGAGUGUUGUCUCUAUUUCUCCACGAUGUGCAGUAAUGGAAGCUUCUCUAUAUGAUGUUGAGUUGAAGGUUCAAGCUAACUAUCAUGGUCAACGAGCUCCUCUAGUUUCUCUUGUUAGUAAAUUAAAUGGCAAAGCCAUUGUGGGUCAUGCCAUCAGUGUUGAUAUUUUAGAUGAUGGCUCCAGCACUAUUUUACUGAAUAGUGUUCGCCAUCUUACUGGUUGCGGCAUUAAUUUGCUCAGAAGCAGGGUUGAUAUAAUUGGUAAACUGCAUGAAAAGCUUGACCAUCUGGCAAAGCCUUCAUGUCUGAACUCUUCAUUAUUGACAAGGAAACCUCUUGGUGGAAGGAAUCUUAAGCGCUCUUCGUUGUUGAAAAGGAAACCUCUUGGUGGAAGGAAAUUUGGGUUUUCUCCUAGAAAGAUUCGUAGGUUAUCCUCUAUUACUGUUGAUCUCAACAACAGGGAGAAGGACAGAGAAGUCAUUGUGGAAAAGGUGGAAGAUUCGUCCGUUUCCUGCAUACCUGUCAGAGUUGUUUUUAGCCGGCUGCGCGAAGCACUGAGCCACUCUUCACACCAAGUUAACUGAAUAUUUUGGGCUUUUUCUAUCAUCUUCUCCGUGGACUUAUGAAGGAGUACAUUUAGAACUUGAAGGUUUUGGCUUUUUAGGAACAUAAUCUCCUAACAUUGUAGAACAUAGCCUAUGGCCUAUGGAGUAAAGCAUAAGAGUUCUUGUUCAUAGUAGUGUGGAUCUCACUGUUUUGGUAGAUAACCUUUUGCUGGUUCUAUCAUCUGAGCUGCUUGAAGUAACUCUUCUGCUUGGGCCUUUACAUGGCUAUGUAACAUUUAGAAUUAAUGUGCUUAAUUUUUGGGGAAGUAUUAGUACAAAAUUAUGUUUCUGUCGUUUACCUUUUCUGCUGUGGGUAUGAAUUC